AGCACACACCAAAGAAAAGAAAAACAAAGAAAAUGAGGUCGAAACUUAAGUUAUCAUUCAUAGCUAAUAACAACGUAAGGAGAACCACAUUCAAGAAGAGGAAGGGAGGGAUAACGAAGAAACUCCAUGACCUGACAACUCUCUGCGACGUCAAAGCAUGUGCGGUAAUCUACAGUCCGUACGAGAAUCCAACGGUGUGGCCGUCAACCGAAGGUGUUAAAGAGGCGGUUUCGGAGUUUAUGGAGAGGCCGGUGACAGAACAAUCCAAGCGGAUGAUGAAUCAUGAGACCUUCUUGCAGGGCAGAAUUACCAAAGAAACAAAGAAACUGGAGCGUCUACGUCGUGAAAACCGAGAAUCUGAGCUUAAACAAUUUAUGUUUGAUUGUGUUGGAGGCAAGAUGAGUGAGCAUCAGUAUGAUGCAAGGGACCUUCAAGAUUUAAGUUCUCAUAUCGAUCACUAUAUCAAUAAGCUUAAGUCCAGGCUCAACUUACUUACAAAUAAUGGUGAGUCUUCUUCUUCCUUUCCUCCUCCUCUUCAUACUUCAGUUGCGGGUGCGGGUGCGGCUCCUCUUGCUGUUGUGGGUGCAGGUCUUCCUAUGAAUCAGAAUCAGUAUGAGCCGGUUCAGCCCUAUAUCCCUACUGGUUUAAGUGAUCAUAUUCAAUAUCAGAAUAUGAAUUUGAAUCAAAAUCAACAAGAGCCGGUUCACUACCAAGCUCUUGUUGAUUUUAAUAAUCCGAUUCAACAUGGAACCUAUGAUAUGAAUAUGAAUCAGAAUAUGAGUUUUGAUCCAAAUCAGUAUCCGUUUCAACAUGACCCAUUCAUGAAUAUGUUGAUGGAAUAUCCUCAUCAGCAAGUGGGUGGUUAUGUUGGAGAUCAUGCACACAUCCCUUUCAUGGACGGAAACUACAACUACCACCAACUACCAACUGUUGGUCUUACUACCACCGGUCACAUGCCUGCCACCACCACCACUACCACCACCACCGUCACCACCACCACCGAUGUUUCUGCUCCUUACAUCAAUAAUCAUCUUUAAUCAAAAGAUGUAGACUUUUAAGUGAUGUGUCUCAGUAGUUUGCAUUUGUGUUUGUUCAUUUCAAAAGACCAGUAUUUAAUUAUGUCUUUUCUUUUCAAUUAAUUGUUGUAAGAGUUAAAGGUUUUACCUUUAAUUCAGUUCUAUUUUUAUGUAUUAUGUAAUGCAUUUCUGCGUUGUAGAGCCGGAAAUUUUAAUUAUAUUUGAAGAAAUUUGAUCACAAAUU